GCGGGCGCUCGGGGCCGCCGCCGCUUCCCGUCCGCCUCGGGGUGCCGCCCCGGCCGGCCCCGCUUCGGAGCCCCGCGCCAGGGGCGGGGCGGGUCGGGAAGCAGUCCCCGGAGGUGAAGGGCCGAACGCCGAGCCUGCGUCCCGCUCCUCUGGGCUCCCCGAAUGUGAGCAUUAUGGUGAAGAGAAGAUACUGCCACCAACAUUAUAACACUGUCAUGGAAUACCUCUGAAGACUAGGAAAUAUUGCUGGUGUCGUGCAUUCUGGAAAUACGUUUUACUACAGAUACCACCAAGGCUUUGCAAACAGGAUGAACAUGCUGCUGUUGACUGCUUACUGACAUUAACCAGCUGGGCAUUUCACUCAUGAUGUUUUCAUUCUUACCUCAUCCAAUUGAAAUUUGCUUAUACUGAUUUUUAAAAAGAGGAAUAAAUCAAGGUGGAGUACCGUAAACUUGACAUGGAAAAUAAAAAGAAAGACAAAGACAAACCAGAUGAAAGAAUGGCACGGCCUAGUGGGAGAUCAGGCCAUAAUCCACGUGGAACUGGUUCUUCGAAUUCUGGAGUGUUAAUGGUUGGCCCUAACUUCAGAGUUGGUAAAAAAAUUGGAUGUGGUAAUUUUGGAGAACUACGGUUAGGCAAAAAUUUAUACACAAAUGACUAUGUGGCAAUUAAGCUGGAGCCAAUGAAGUCGAGAGCACCACAGCUACAUUUGGAAUACAGAUUCUACAAGCAGCUAGGAUCUGGAGAUGGAGUACCUCAGGUUUAUUAUUUUGGCCCAUGUGGCAAAUAUAAUGCUAUGGUGCUAGAACUACUUGGACCUAGCCUGGAAGAUUUAUUUGACUUGUGUGGUAGGACAUUUUCUCUUAAAACCGUUCUUAUGAUAGCCAUACAGUUGAUUUCUCGUAUGGAAUAUGUCCAUUCAAAGAACUUGAUAUACAGAGAUGUAAAACCUGAGAACUUCUUAAUAGGACGACCUGGAAACAAAACCCAGCAAGUUAUUCACAUUAUAGACUUUGGUUUAGCAAAGGAGUAUGUAGAUCCAGAAACAAAGAAGCACAUACCAUAUCGAGAACACAAGAGCCUUACAGGAACAGCUAGAUACAUGAGUAUAAAUACACAUUUAGGAAAAGAGCAAAGUAGAAGAGAUGAUUUGGAAGCAUUGGGUCAUAUGUUUAUGUAUUUCCUCAGAGGAAGUCUUCCAUGGCAAGGUUUAAAGGCGGAUACAUUAAAGGAACGUUACCAGAAAAUUGGAGACACUAAACGAGCAACUCCUAUAGAAGUAUUGUGUGAAAACUUCCCAGAGGAAAUGGCUACUUAUCUACGUUAUGUAAGAAGGUUAGAUUUUUUUGAAAAGCCAGACUAUGACUACUUAAGAAAGCUCUUCACAGACUUACUUGAUCGGAAAGGCUAUAUGUUUGAUUAUGAAUACGACUGGAUUGGCAAACAGUUGCCUACUCCAGUGGGUUCAGUACAUUCAGACCCUGCAAUGUCUUCAAACAGAGAAGCAUAUCAGCACAGAGACAGAAUGCAACAAUCCAAAAAUCAGUCAACAGACCAUCGGGCAGCUUGGGACUCACAGCAAACCAAUCCACAUCAUUUGAGGGCUCACCUGGCAUCUGACAGACAUGGUGGCUCUGUACAGGUAGUAAGCUCAACAAACGGAGAGUUGAACACAGAUGACCCAACUGCAGGCCGUUCAAAUGCACCCAUCACAGCUCCUGCAGAAGUAGAAGUAAUGGAUGAAACAAACUGCCAGAAAGUGUUGAACAUGUGUUAUGUAACUCUCAGAGCAGUUCUGGUCUGCCUCUGCCCACUGCUACUUUUUCAGUGACUGAGCGACAGGGUGCCUUGGAUAUUUUGAGAAGGUGCUGCUGCUUAUUCAAGCGAAGGAAAAGGAAAACCAUCCAGCGCAACAAAUGACUAGAACCAAACAGAGCACGGGAAAAUGCUUAUUUGUUCAACUGUUGUCUUGUGAUCUUAAAAAAGUCCCAACAACAAAACCCAAAGCAAAAACCUCCAUAAUAAGCACAUUUUCCGAGGACUCCCUGAGAAACCGUAUCAUGCCUCUGUGCUAUGAUUUGGUUCUUCUGCAUCCAUCUUCUGUUUCUUUAAUUCAUCUGUUCUGAAAGCUUUAAGAUAUUGUCAAAUAGAAGUGCUUCUUUGACCAUCAACAUAUGGACCAAUGAAAUGAUAGAAAAUGAACAGUAUCUUGAGCAAAACUGAACUUGAGAAGUAUUUCUUCUUUCCUAGGAAGUAGUAGCAGUGUCUUAGAUGAAGACGGAUGUCAUAAAUCAAUUAUUUGAGUUUGUAGCAGUGUAUCUAAAGCAGUUUUCUUCAAAUAUGAAGAAGAAAAAUCCAGGUACACACCCAUAAUGCGAAAUAAUAAAAUCUUAAGAUUUAUUUUA